AUGGCAGUGGGGUUUGCGAAGAAUGCGUCGUUGGCGGAUUCGGAUGCUGCGAGACAGUAUCGGAGGAAUUAUAUCACGGCUGAUAACCGAUGCCACACCGCAACGCAAACACCAGGUAUCGUGCAGUACGCUACGAGUACCAGCGACGUGUAUUUCGCGGGCCACAUCCUCACAUCAACAUUCGCCAACACAACGAAAGCCCUAACAGGUGGGAAGGGUGUGUAUUGCAUAAGCCAGCAAGAAGACAACGCGACUCUCGAAGCGCUCAUGCGCGGCGCAAAAGCCGGUCUACUCGAUUUCAGACGGAUCAUCAUCAUGCGCUCGGGGUCAGACUUCGAUCGCCCGUUCCCGGGGCAGACUGCGUUGCAGGGGUUGCUUUAUUCGGAUCAAGGGGGAUUUGGGAUCGCGGUGCGGAAUCUGUAUUUAGCUGGACGGGAGGUCAUCAAGGGGAUUCUCGGGGGCUGGGGCUUGCUCUUUCAGCAUGGGUUUGAUGAGGAGGGGUACGCAGGAGACGUAUGGGGAUCGUUGAGUGGCGGUGCCCCGCCGGACUUCGGGGCUGCGAUAGACGAUGGUGGAGAGGGCAUCAUCGCGAAGAGAGGUGUUCAGAGGGAGUGA